AUGUUCAGAGAGCUGGCGUUCACUCCCAAAAAUUCUUCGAUACUUCCCCAAUUGAUAACGGUACCGCCGUGUUCCACCAUUCCCCCAUAUGUCAAGAAAAUCGAAUUUCAGGGUGUUGAACCUCUUUUCAAGCCUAACUAUACCACCUCGCAUCUUCUUUCCCAUUUUUCUUCCACUGUCACCCAUUUGCGGCUCCGCGACAUUACAUUCGAUGAUUUUCAAUGCCUCUUGGACAUUAUUUGCGCCUUUCCCCAUCUUCAGUCUCUGAAGCUCAAUCACGUAUUUUGGGGCAAGUCGGAAGGAAGUCGAGGUAUGGAUGGCGCCACGAGAUUACUCCCCAAGUCCGUAACAAGUCUGGAGCUGAAGCACACGGACCUACAAGAUUUUGCAUCGUGGUUGUUGUCGCAUCCUUCUCUACCAGUUGUUCCCCACAUGGACAUCGGGCCAUUUGAGCAGAAGGACAUUCCUUACGCUGGCAAAUACAUGUCGUUAAUCGGGCCAGCAAUAACGCGUCUAUCCUAUUGUUUCGCCACGGUCGAGUUUCAGCAUAUGUGUCUAUUCAAGUUGAUUUCAAAGCUGAUGCCUUUGCCCGAGAACAAGCCAAUAAUACCCGUGGCGCCCGAUUUGUCUGGGUCGCCUACUCCUGCCUCCCAGUACAAACUCUGUUUUGGUCUUCCAAUAUGCGAACACCUAGCUUCCUUCAUUAACCUCCGAUACCUUCGUAUAGACGGCUUUAUGGAUAUCACAUCUCCUGGUAAUACCACAGCCACUUAUUGGGCACCGCGUAUCCUCGCCUCUGUCAAGUCACCCGGAUUAGAACAUUUAUUGUUUGGAGUCGUCCUUUCGAGAGCUGGAGACAUGGAUAGGUGUAACGUCAAAUGGGGGUACUUUGACUUUGUGCUAUCGCAUGAAAGUUAUUCGGGCUUGCGCAAGGUGGAAUUUGAGGUGAAGGGGAGGGCGCAGUUGGACAGUGUAGCGGAUCUUAUAGCUCUUCGGUUGCCUCAGGUCUCUGAACUUGGGCUACUGCAUUUCUCAAAGGCAGAGUAA